GCAGAGAGAAAAGGACCUGAGACAAACGCACCCCCCAGGCGUCUUCGGGCUCGGUGGCUACAUGCUCAGCGAUCUCUGACUCGAACUGCACAUCUGUACUAAACAGCAGGAGCUAUGGAUUUUGUAAUGAAGCAAGCUUUAGGUGGGGCCACCAAAGACAUGGGGAAGAUGCUGGGCGGGGAGGAGGAGAAGGACCCGGACGCCGCCAAGAAGGAGGAGGAGCGGCAGGAGGCGCUGAGGCAGCAGGAGGAGGAGCGCAAGGCCAAGCACGCCCGCAUGGAGGCCGAGAGGGAGAAGGUCCGGCAGACCAUCCGGGACAAGUACGGGCUGAAGAAGAAGGAGGAGAAGGAGGCUGAGGAGAAAGCGGCCAUGGAGCAGGCCUGCGAGGGCUCGCUGACCCGCCCAAAGAAAGCCAUCCCCCGGGGGUGUGGGGACGACGAGGAGGAGGACGAGGAGAGCAUCCUGGACACCGUCCUCAAGUUCCUGCCCGGACCGCUACAGGACAUGUUCAAGAAGUAGAGCCAGCCCAGACCCAGGCCCCCGAGCCUCUGAUCUGUGGGUGGGAGGGGUCUGAUGACUGUAGAUGGUAGGUUAGGGUAGGGGGGGGGGGGGGGGGGGGGUUAGAGGCUGGACACUGCCUUUGUAGAGACCUUUUCAUUUCUACUCCUCCACACUUUCCUCAUUUUGCUCCUUUUUAUUUUUCCACGCUGCAUGUUUCCUGCAGCAGGUUCCUCUUUGUGUGUGUGUGUGUGUGUG